UAUUUAAUUUUCAUCCGCCUAGGGGUUUGGUGAUGAAUUUUGGCGGCGACCUUCGCAUCUAUGGAUAUACCUAUCCAUCACAAGGGGGGUUUAAGGCUCACAAACGCGGCUGAUACUUUCUAAUCAUCCUUUGCCUUCCUCUUCGUCUUCUCUGCACUCCAUCCAUUUCUUCUCGAUUAUCCGCGUCUUUUUUCUUUCACCCAUCUCAGCCCCAUCCAGAUUUUUGAGCUCUAGAAGAAUCCCAUCAGCUCCGGCGAGGAAAUUAUGUCUAAGAAAGGGGCCGCCGGUAGAACACCGGUUUUAAAGGACGCCCCAUGGAGGGCUGCUGGCAAACCCACUCCGAAAAUCCACCAUGCUCCUGUGCUCCGCAUUGCCCAAUCCCCCUUUUCCAAUUACGCUAUCUCUGUAAUGAAGCAUCCUGAUCCGAUUGGAAGUGGGUUAGCUAUGGAUGCUAUCUUGGAAUCGGCUGGGCCGGAUUGUAUUGUGCCUGGACAGACUGCACCUGUCAAAUUACUUGGUCUCAAGGUUUGGCCCAUUGAUGUCGAUCUUAAGUUUCUCGAGCCCGUUGGUAGAGACCUUAAAUUACUUGGAAAGUUUAUGGAUGAUGCGGUGAACCUGAUGAACAAGUCAUUUAUAGAUCGGUAGGCGUAGCAGUUGUAAUGUAAUGGAUAAAGAGUUGCAUGAAGCUGCUGCAAUUUGAGCUAGCUCCGUGAGUGGCUACUUAUCCAACUCAACUGCCUCCAAAUAAUCUCCUUCCCCAUCUUUCCGAAUUCUCUCAUGUAAAAACAGCCUCUGCCCUCCAUAAACCGUUUUGUUACUCUCCUUUCUGAAACACAGAGCCAAACCAUGUUGAUGAUAAAGGGAUAAUUGCAAAUAA